UUCAAUAUGGCCUUCUUCAUCCAACCUAAAGCAGGUUCUAACUUCCAAUUUUUUCAUACAGUACUAGGCCUCGCAGGAAGAGCUUUAUUUGGGAUGCUAUUUACGUUUGUGUUUUUAAUCUAUAAGUUUAGGAGAAGGCAUUUGUCUAUGUUCGACGACAUUGAGGAUUUUCUUCGAAGACAGAAUAAUCUCAUGCCUAUUAUGUACUCUUACUUGGACAUUAAAAAGAUGACUAAAGGUUUCACGUAUAAAUUGGGUGAAGGAGGCUAUGGUUGUGUGUAUAAAGGAAUGCUUCGAAGUGGCCAUCCUGUAGCAAUAAAGAUAUUGGAUAAAUUCAAAGCUAAUGGGCAAGACUUUAUCAAUGAAGUUGCCACUAUCGGAAGGAUUCAUCACAUUAAUGUGGUCAGGCUAAUUGGUUUUUGUGCAGAGAGAUCUAAGCGCGCUCUAGUAUAUGAGUUUAUGCCUAAUGGGUCUCUUGAAAAAUAUAUUUUUUCUCAAGAAGGAAAUGUCCACAUAAGUUGCACGCAAAUGUACAACAUUUCUCUUGGAGUGGCUCGUGGGAUUGAAUAUUUGCAUCGAGGUUGUGACAUCCAAAUCUUACAUUUUGACAUCAAGCCUCAUAACAUUCUUCUUGACGAGAAUUUCACUCCAAAACUUUCUGAUUUUGGGCUCGCAAAAUUGUAUCCAAGAAAUGUUAGCAUUGCGUCACUGACUGCAGCAAGAGGAACAAUGGGCUACAUGGCUCCGGAGUUAUUCUAUAAGAACAUUGGAGGCAUUUCAUAUAAAGCUGAUGUUUAUAGUUUUGGAAUGUUACUGAUGGAAAUGGCAGGCAGAAGGAGAAAUUUGAAUGUCUUUGCAGAUCAUACAAGCCAAAUUUACUUUCCUUCGUGGGUCUAUGACCAAUCUGGAGAAGGGAGGGACAUAGAAAUGGGUGAGACCACCGAGGAGGAAAGAAUGAUGGUAAAGAAAAUGAUAAUAGUUGCUUUAUGGUGCAUACAAAUGAAUCCCGGUGACCGUCCUUCAAUGAACAAAGUUGUAGAGAUGCUCGAAGGGAAUGUUGAACUCUUGCAGAUGCCUCCCAAGCCUUCUUUGUGUCCACAAGAGAUGCCAGUUGAAGAUCAUGAAAUGGACAUGGAUCUUGCAGAGUUGCCUAUGCUAUCCUCCAUGUGAUUGCAUAAAUUCCAUCACUGUGGAUGUGUUGCACCUCAAGUUGUUUCAUAUAAAAAAUUAUGUGUUAGCAGGGAAUUCUAACAUCUCCCUCGUAUAAUUGAGGCAGUCUUAUUCAAA